UUGGACGUGGUUAAAUCCAAAUCAGGUUUGCGACUGUAUCCCAUUUGUUUUUGUUAUUAAAAAUGAAUAGUGGCAGGCACAUUAUCAUGAGAGUCUAUUUUAGUAGAGUUAUUAAUGACACCUCACCCGUAGACUUUUUCUCCCUCACGAAUAUUUAUAUUCUCAACAAACUAUAAAGAUAACAGAAAUACGUUUUUAAAAAACUAAUAAAUCAAUAUUAUUUAACAUUAACAAUUUGAUUUCACGUCUGAGAUUUAUUUCCUCUCAAGUCUGAGAUUUUGAUCAGAAAGGUAAACAUCUUGAAGGAGAAGCUGCCUUGCCACCACCACCACCACCACCAAAACUCCUUGAACGUUAUUUCUCUUAGAGAUAAUAAAACGUUGUGAGUAUACUCUGAGAAGAGACCAUGCCGAGUAGGAAGAACAUAGGGAACACCCAGUGGACGGCAUGGCUAACUCCGGUCAUCGUCUUGGCUUGUAUAGCCGUCUUCAUCGUUGCCAUGUUCAUCAACGACUGCCCCAAGACGGUUGCUGGCGCCAACGGAGAUUGCGUGCCAAGGUUUCUCCGUAGGUUCUCGUUCCAGCCUCUCAGAGAGAACCCUCUCUUGGGCCCAUCUUCUUCCACAUUGGAGAAAAUGGGAGCUUUGGAUCGGAGCAAAGUCGUGAACGGUAAUGAGAAAUGGAGGCUAGUCACGUCUAUGUGGCUCCACGCCGGUGUCAUUCACCUCAUUGUUAAUAUGUUCAAUGUGGUCCUCAUCGGUUUCCGCCUUGAGCAGCAGUUUGGAUUCAUAAGAGUGGGGCUUAUCUACUUGAUAGCGGGACUUGGUGGAAGCAUCCUCUCGGCACUCUUCCUUCAAAACAAUAUCUCCGUUGGUGCCUCAGGGGCUCUCCUUGGACUCCUUGGAGCUAUGUUAUCCGAGCUUCUCACCAACUGGACCAUCUACGCCAACAAGCUGGCAGCUUUGUUCACAGUCUUGUUCAUCGUGGCAAUCGAUUUGGCAAUAGGACUGCUUCCUUGGGUCGACAACUUUGCUCACAUUGGUGGGUUCUUAACCGGAUUUCUCCUCGGGUUUGUACUACUGGUCAGGCCUCAGUACGGGUGGGAAGAGUCCGGCAACUCUCCUUCUCAGUACGGUGCUCCUCGUGCCAGAUCAAAGUAUAACCCUUGUCAGUACUUGUUGUUCUUUAUCGCUGCUGUUUUGGUCGUAGCCGGUCUAGCGGUUGGGAUUGUGAUGCUGCUCAAAGGAGAGAAUGGGAACAAACUUUGCAAAUGGUGCCAUCACUUAGACUGUAUCGAGACGUCCAGAUGGACUUGUUGAUUUUCAAACAUCACUACUGUUUUUUUCUUUCUUUUAAAAAGGUGGUUAAUUAAUGUCCUUUUUGUGUUGCUCCUAUUGUUUUUCUAACUGUAACUGAAGUUGAUUGAGUGGAUUAUUUGAUAGUUUGAUUUAUAUGUGAACCAUUUUUUUAUAUAUGUAUUGGAACAACGUUUAAGGAUAAUUCAUGUAGUAGUAAGAUUUUUAUAUCAUCCAUCAAUGAAAAAAUCU